AUCGAUUGCCAAGAGACAGGGCCGCGAUCACGCCAGCACACACGGCAGAAAAAUGAUUUCAUUAUUCAUCUAUCCAGUUUUUUGAGUACAUACCAUCCAUCACCUGAAUUGACUAGCGACCAUGGGGGUGGCUACUACAGAUGAGAUGGACCUGUUGGAGAUAUCAGACAAGGAUCUUCACAUUGCUCUUGCAGCGAUCACUAUCGAAGCGUCAUCGUCCGCCUCGCACUUCUCGAAUUGGGCUCGCACGUUUCACUGCCAUCCUGAACGCGUGUUGGUCCCGCACAACAUAUUGCAAUGUCGACAGAUAUUGGAGCUUGCUAGGCGAGAGGGAAAGAGUGUUCAUCCAGUCGGUGUCGGGCACUCGCCAUCCGAUCUGGCUUGUACCAACGGCUGGCUCGUCAAGAUGGGCGGGCUGAAAGGUGCGGUCAGGAUUGACGCCAAGAAGCAAACCGCAGUCUUUCGUGCUGGCACUGUACUGCAUGAUGUCCACGCCAUCCUCUCAAAGUCUGAACCUCCCUUGGCUGUACCCAAUAUCGGAUCGAUAUCUGAUCAAACCAUUGGCGGCCUAAUCUCGACCGCUUCGCAUGGCUCUGGAGUGAAUUAUCCCGUUCUUUCCAAGCAUGCGCGGUCCAUCACGAUGGCGUUACCUCUUCCAGGUGCACCGGUGGUCAAGGUGUCUGCAGACGAGGAUCCUGCCUUGUUCAAAGCCAGUUUGUGUGGACUCGGAGCGACAGGAAUGAUGCUGGAAGUCGAGAUUGAGGUGGAACCCGCUUUCAGGCUGAAGGAGGUCAAGACUCCUCACACUGUCGACCACUUCUUUGCCCAUUUCGACUCGAUCAGAAGAAGCGCAGAGCACGUGAGAGCCUGGUGGUACCCUGAUGGUCAAGGCAUCGUUGUUGGCAGGGCCAAUCGCACAUAUGAGCCGGCUCGGCCAGCCUCAUCCGUCCUCGACUUCAUCCUCGGAUAUCACGUCACUCAGUUCUUCCUCCUCAUCGCCCGUUUCCUGCCUUUCCUGACGCCUUGGGUCGGGCGUUGGGCUUGGUGGCUUUCCAAAGGUGAAUCGGUCGUGGUGGACGAUGGGUACAAAGUGCUCAAUUUCGAUUGCUUGUUCCCCCAAUAUGCUCUGGAAUGGGCCGUCCCAUCCGAAAACGCUGUACAGUGUAUGUCCGAACUCCGAUCAUGGCUGCAGGAGGAGGCGGAAAGGAGGAACGGCAUCCGCGUCCACUUCCCAAUCGAGAUACGCUGGUCUUGCGCCGAUGAUAUCUGGCUCAGUCCCAGUGUGGAUCGCGAUACCACUUGGAUCGGCGUUGUCACGUACAGACCGUAUGGUCUGCCCGUCCCCUACCGACAGUUCCAGAAACGAUUUUCGUCUAUCUGUGCGGACCACGGCGGUCGUCCUCACUGGGCAAAACAGCACAGCCUGGAACCAAAAUCUAUCGAGAAUCUUUAUCCUAAUUUUUCCCAGUAUUUACAGGUCUUGAACAGGGUCGAUCCUCAGGGGAUCUUGCGUAGCGAGUACGUCAAAAGGCAUAUAGAAGGUGUGCCCAUCAGUGGUCGCAUGUUCAAGAAGCGAUCCUAGAACUAUAGAGACUAGAUGCAAAACGGGGUUAUGUACGUUGAAGGA